AUGGAAUCGGAUUUGCAGUCAAAUCUCAUCCCUCGAAAAUACCAGGAAGAAAUAUUCAUCCAAGCUCAAGGUCGCAAUGUUAUAGCUGCUCUGGGUACAGGGAGCGGCAAGACACUCAUCGGCGCCCUCCUGCUGAAAUGGAUGGCAUUGAAGGAUACGCGGCCGAGAACCAUGAUUUUCCUCGUUCCGAAGGUCGCGCUGGUUGAGCAACAGGGCAAGUACCUCAAAGACCAUACGCCCUUCAAGGUCAAGCUGCUCUACGGGAGCAUGGAUAUAGAUCUUGCGGAUCGCCAGGGUUGGCAAGCUUGCUUCGACCAGCAUGAGCUUUUCGUGAUGACAGCACAGAUAUUUCUUAACUUUCUGGCCCAUUCCAUAUGGAGCAUCGACAAGACAUCCAUUAUAAUUUUCGACGAAUGCCACCAUGCCAGGAAGAAACACGCGUAUAACCAGAUCAUGAAUGGUUUCUACUUCCACACUUCUGUAGAGCAACGACCUAAGAUAUUCGGUAUGACUGCAUCACCCAUAUGGGACACGAAGGACGCUACUGGGUCACUCGCCACCUUGGAGCGGAAUCUGGACGCAGUAGUCAUUGGCGUCAAGGAACAUAUAACCGAGCUGGAACUCAGCGUUCCGAAACCAAAUGAGGUCAUUGAAGUAUUUCGCCCUGCACCUAAAACGCACCUCGACACGCACGAUCUAUAUCACACACUAAAUGUCUUCUCCGAUCUGCUGUCAUCCCAAGAGAGCGUAGAAUGGUUUAAAGUACAAGGCCGUUAUCAUUCGGCUCUAAGUAACCUCGGGCACUAUUGCGCGGAGCUGUUUCUCUUCCAUGAGAUGGAUUUUCGAGUAGCACAAGUUAUUGGCGAAUCAACCAUCGGGUCAGAUAUCUGCGCUGACUACAUAUCGCUUCCAGGAUUGGAGCCGAAAUCUCUACACCCAGACAUGCUUCACGUGCGGUCCAUACUCGAUGAUUAUCGACCCUUUUUCAGUGCAUCAGAGGUCUCGCCGUCACGCGUUCCACUAAACGAGUGCACGCCCAAACUGUCCAAACUUAUCGAAAUCCUUUUAUCCCAUGCAACGGGAGCUUCCACGGCGUUUCAAGCCAUCGUGUUCGUCGAGCAGCGGCAUGUAGCGUCUUGCCUGGCCCACAUAUUGCCAUGCAUAGAUGAGCUUGGUGGGCGGUUCAAUCCAGGCUUGCUUCUUGGGGAGGGGACAGGGCUUAAUGGGUCCUCUAAGGCGAUGUCAAGUUUCAUGGGUGGCGAAUGGACAGCGAAGAAGAGAGAAGAGACCCUUGCCCAGUUUCGAAGGGGAGAAAUAAACAUACUCGUAGCAACUUCUGUGGCCGAAGAAGGUCUUCACUUUCCUGAUUGCUCUCUCGUCAUCCGAUAUGACCCUUUGCAACACUUGGUAGGCUACGUCCAAUCGCGAGGCCGAGCCCGAAACAUGAUUGCCUCCACCUUCGUGAUUAUGAUCCAGGAAGACGACACGGUACAACUUGAAAAAUAUCGGAGGUUCCUAGAUGGAGAACCCGAGGUCAAGAAGCUGCUGAACUCGAAGCGAAUUCGAGACACCCCCACUGACGACGACGAAGAUGACGACGAAGAUGACGACGCCGUCUACGAGCUUAAUCUCCACAAUAGGGAGAGAUACGUAGUUCCUGAAACUGGGGCAACUCUAAAUUACGACAACGCAAUUAAUCUUCUCAACCACCUAUGCGCACUCAUACCCUGUGAUGCCUUCACGCCCACCCAUAUACCGAAGUACGAACCUAUCGCAACAGCAGAACAACCUGUAUCCGACGCUCCUUUGCCUGUUGACGCCUGCGGAUAUGCGUGCACCCUGCGUUUGCCACCAUCUCUUCCGCUUCCGCCAACACAUCUUACUUUCGCCGGUCCAGUAAAGCUUUCCAAGAAGGAAGCCAAACGUGCUGUCGCAUUCAAAGCCGUUAAAGCCCUCCGCGAAUUUGACGUUUUCGAUGCCUACCUGCUCCCCACAUCUAAGGGAUCAUCUCAGCGAGGCAAAAGGGGAACUAAGGGGAAGUUGGAUGUUGAUGGUAGAGGAUAUGUAGACGUUGGUGGAAUACCACCCAUGAUGAAUGUAGAUGUUCGGAAUCCGUGGCACAUGGGGUCACCCUCCCGCGGUCUGUCGCCAAGUGGGUGCGAAGGGCGCAUGUUAUGGCUUCACGCUGUAUGGAUAAACGGGGCCAGAUCAGCGGGUAUCGUAUCUGAAGUCCCUUUACCACCUUGUGAAGCUUGGACGGAAAGAAGAGACUUCUUCAGAAUGAAUAAGCCUCGCCCUUUGGAUCUUCGACGCGAGAUCGGUCCCGGCGAGACCGAAGAAGAGCUCUGCGAACGGAUGGCCAAAUAUACUACAUCUGGGAUUUGGUAUCGCGUUAUGGGCCGACCCGUGGAUGGCCACCCUUCAUUCUAUGUUGUUCCUCUCGUGGCCGAAACUCCCUAUCCGCGCGUUGACUUCCAUGCUCUGUGCAAAUUUGCAGUCCAUCCGUAUGGGAAUUACGACUGGAGCGGGAUUACUCCUGAACAUUAUGACCGACUCUUCGUCAUGAAUAACAAUCAGCACGGAAGGCCUUAUCUAUUACGAAGGAUCCGUCAUGAUCUAUCUCCUCAGUCACCCCCUCCACCUGGUUCGAGGGAGGACGCCUUCCCUACGUUUUAUGAGUAUUGGAUAGAUAGAUGGAAACGGAGGAAGCGCGAAGCCCGAGUACCAGAGGACGGCCCUCUCAUCGAGGUCUACAGACUUACUCGUUAUCGCGACAGCAAGUAUUAUCAAGAUCCACAGGACCUGACGGAGGAGACUGUUUAUGGGUCAUCUGACGGUGCCAUCAUACCGCAGGGUUCAUGUGCAUGGUUUGAUUUACCAUGGGCCAUUUUAAAGACUUUCGAGAUACUUCCCAUUCUUGCCCACCGCAUCAUUGACGUUUACCGCGCGAGAUGCGCCCGACUGGACUUUGGUUUGCCCGCUAUCCGCACCAACCUUCAGGUGGAAGCAUUCACCAUACCUAGUACCGAUGCUCCCUGCAACAACCAAAGGCUAGAAACACUAGGCGACUCGGUACUUAAAGUCUGCGUCACUGUUCACGCGUUUAAUAAGUAUCCCCAUCGCCAUGAAGGUCAACUUUCCGCACUCCGUCAAAGUACUAUCUCGAACUGGUGUUUAAUGGCUAGGGCAAGGGAAGUAGGCCUAGAAAGUUAUCUGAUUAGCGAGCCACUAGACCUCGCUAUUUGGCCACAUUCUCAAGGAAUCAGAGACAAAGCUGAAGCCGGGGAGCUUGGUUCCAAUGCACAUAAACGAGUACCGAGAAUAAUUGCGCGUAGAAGCUUGCAAGAUUGCAUGGAAGCCACUCUUGGUGCUGCAUUUGCAACUGGGGGUAUACCCAUGGCACUCCAGGCUGGCGAUGCCAUUGGUCUGGCCUUUGGAGGUGUAGUUCCUUGGUCAAUGCGCUACGAGAAGGCCUCAACCACUCAAGAACAUGUAGCCACCCCCUUGUUCUCGCAUUUACAAGAGGCGCUGGGGUAUAUCUUUCGGCGGCCAGAAUUGAUUGUGGAAGCGAUGACACACCCCUCUUUCGCCAGUGAACUAGGGGGACCAUCAUAUCAACGUUUGGAAUUUCUGGGAGACGCCGUCCUCGACCUAAUCGUCGUGGCUUAUUUAUAUGAUAAGUUUCCAAAGGCAACAUCCCAUCAACUCUCCUUUCCUCGGACGCGCGCGAUAUGCUCUACGGCACUUGCCUGGGUUGCAGUAAAUCGGCUCCAGCUUCAUAAAGUCAUGCUCAUCAAUAAUGUUGAGCUGAGCAUGUUGAUAGCGCAGUAUGUGCCGAUGCUUGAAGACUGCUCCGCAGGGGACAUUGUGAGGCAAGGAUGGAAAUACGAGCCUCCCAAAGUCAUUAGCGACGUCUUCGAGGGCCUUUUAGGCGCAAUCCUGAUCGACACUAAUUGGGACUACGAGAAGACUGCGGUGAUAACAGAGAAUAUAAUGGAGGAUGUCCUCACGCAGUUAUCGCCGACAUUACCACUCUAUCCUGGACCCGAACUUACUACCUGGGUCGCAAUGUCGGGAUGCAGGGAACUCGAGAUACGGAAGUCGGAGAGGCGCGCCAAGGGAGAAAGCGUGUCCGUGGUCAUCCAUGGUACGACGGUGUCUGGCCCAAUCACCUCGCCUUCAUUCUCAUUAGCAAAACAUGCUGCCUGUGUGCGAGCUUUGGACAUCUUACGUGAUCCCAAAUCGGAUAAAUCACUGUCACGACUCUGCAGAUGCCAACGGGGCGGCGCGUCCUUUGUGACCCGAUCUGAAGAGCAAAAUAGCACAGGCGAGAGCGAGGCGGAAGAAGAGGAAGUCGAGAGGAUUCUAUUAGCUGGCUUAUUUUAA